CCUUAUCAUCCCCACCACCACCAUCUCCAUUUUCACACAUAUCUCAGAAAUCAAUGGUGUGAUUCAAUCUCACAGAAGAAAAGGGUCGUGGGUGGUCGUUUCUUCCUCUUCGGUCCAUCUCUCUCUCUAAAUGCAGGUUCUUUGUUGAUGGGAAGUUGAAGACGACUGAACCCAUGUGGAAAAUCUUGUGAAACGGGAGCUGGGCGGCAAAAGGGUGUUGUGAAAUGGCAUCCGAUCUGAAAGCUAAACUAUCAAAGAGAACAGAGUUUCUUAAUCUAAAACUGUGGGUUGUGAUUGGGAUAUUCGUGGCAUUAUUCAUUUUAAUCAUCCUUUUGGUGCUUUCUAUCAUUCUUAUCUGGCGAAAGAAAUCGAAAAGAACACGAGACUCGAUACCCUUUACUCAGAUUCCAUCUGUAUCAAAGGAAAUCAGAGAGAUAAGAGUUGAUCAUAAUUCAGCCAACAAGUAUUUCCCUCAUAAUGAUAAGGACUCAGAUAAACAACUCAAUUCUGUUCAAACAAGCUUAGAGAACUUUGGAAAUUCAGAAUCUGGCAGUAGAUCGGGUUCUGUGAACAAUUUAGGCAAAGAUGGCGAUAAAUCUCACUCGGGUGAGAAUCAAAACCAUAUAACAGCUCCUUCCCCUUUAAUAGGGUUGCCUGAGGUCUCUCAUCUCGGUUGGGGUCACUGGUUUACGCUUAGAGACCUGGAAACCGCUACAAAGAGAUUUUCAAAGGAAAAUGUCAUAGGUGAAGGUGGAUAUGGUGUUGUGUAUAGUGGCCAUCUGAUUAAUGGUACUCCUGUUGCAGUCAAAAGGCUUCUUAAUAAUUUAGGUCAAGCUGAGAAAGAAUUCAGAGUUGAAGUUGAGGCCAUUGGUAAUGUUCGGCACAAAAACUUGGUUCGGCUUCUCGGCUAUUGCAUCGAAGGGACUCAUAGGUUGUUGGUGUAUGAGUAUGUGAACAACGGUAACUUAGAGCAAUGGCUUCAUGGUGCAAUGUCGAAUCGCGGAUAUCUUACUUGGGAGGCACGGAUAAAGGCUCUACUUGGAACUGCUAAGGCUUUGUCCUACUUGCAUGAAGCAAUUGAGCCUAAAGUGGUUCAUCGAGACAUCAAGUCGAGCAAUAUAUUAAUAGACGACGAUUUCAAUGCUAAGAUCUCCGAUUUUGGCCUUGCCAAAUUGCUUCUUGCUGGAAAGAGCCAUGUCUCUACUAGAGUAAUGGGUACUUUCGGGUAUGUCGCUCCUGAAUAUGCUAACAGUGGUCGCCUAAACGAGAAAAGUGAUGUUUAUAGCUUUGGGGUUGUUCUCUUGGAAACAAUCACUGGACGAGAUCCUGUGGAUUAUAGCCGUCCAGCACAAGAGGUAAACCUUGUUGAUUGGCUUAAGAUGAUGGUUGGUAGUAGGCGUUCUGAAGAAGUUCUUGAUCCAAAGAUUGAGAACAGGCCAUCCACAAGCGCCAUUAAAAGAGCUCUUCUAACUGCUUUGAGGUGUGUUGAUCCGGAUUCUGAAAAGCGACCAAAGAUGAGUCAAGUUGCCCGUAUGCUUGAAUCUGAGGAGUAUCCCAUACCAAGAGAGGACCGAAGAAGGCGAAGGAGCAGCAAUACGGAGAGCAAUGAAACGGCCAGAUUGGAGAAUUCGGAUACAGAUAAGAGUGACAAUGCAAUAUUGAGGUUGGAUGGAAGAAGCCACCUCCCAGAAUGACAAAGUUUCCCAUUCAUGGAGUCAGUUUUCAUGAUCAGCUCUGUAGAUAUACAUAUUAUAUAUUGGUAUAGUGCAUUUUUAUUCAGAUAUUUUUAUUAUUGUGUGUAAAAUGGCAACCUAGGUCAUGUUUGUGGGGGGUUUUGUUUUAAUUUAUUUAAAUUAUUGUGGGGAAUUUGCUUUUGAUUGAUUGUAGAGAUAUGGUUAUUUAUUGGGAUUGAAUUCUGCAUUGCACAGUAAACCAUUUUUUACUCAUUCAA